CCUCCCUCCGCAGAGGGGAAGCAGGAGGUGGGGUGUAGAGGAGAGUGGUGGGAGAACCGGGUAUUUCCAUCAGCAGCUAGAACCCGCCCUUCUAACGGAAGCAACCACUCCUAUCCCAGCCAACACUGGCGUCUGCCACGUACGACCUCCAACCACCAGGUGGAGCCGAGUGAUCCGACUGUUUUAUUUCGUUACGCAGCUCCCUGUAUUUUAGCCUACCUUUCCCAGAAAGCUCUUUGGUGAUGGGUGGAGGAAGUCAAAGCCAAGAAAAGAGAAGGCUGUGAGUACUCAGUGGAGCAUCAGAAAAAUAAGCCGCCUAGUAAAGAGACCACCUGUUCAAAUGCUCAAUGUUGACAGUCGAGCAACACAGGAGGAAGACUUUUCAAGCAAAAAACAAACAUAAGAUGGAGUCCAAUAUUCACAAUACUGAGGAGAGCAGUGCACUUGCGGAAGUAGUUGAGAGCAACAAAUUCAAGACAACUGGGGACAUUGCAUUCUACAGGCGUCAGAAGAGGUUGUUGCCAGGAAAUUCUCCAUAUCAUGCCUUGCUGGAUACUCUUGAACUGUCAAGCUGCAAAGCCACACUACAGCUGCUUAAUGAAGAGAAUAAGGUUUCACUCCUUUUGGAGGUCUUUGCCCUUGAGGAUCAUGUAAUCAGGAUAAAAGUGAACGAGUUGAAGCCAAUGAAGCUGAGAUAUGAAGUGCCUGAUGUUAUUGUUAGCGAACCAGUUACACAAAGAUUGACUGAAGUGUCGAAGGAUGGGCUUUCUUUAACACUGGCUGCAGCUGAUGGAUGCACCCAGGUACUGGUUAUAGCAAAGCCAUUUCGAAUGGAAAUUCAGAAUCAUGGUGAAGUGUCCAUGUGUGUCAAUUCCCUCGGGUAUUUAUACUUUGAACAUCUGCGUAAGAAGUCACAAUCUGAAGGCUUUUUAGGAGGACAGAAUUCCAAGUUUUUUCUAGAGGUGAAGACAUACUUCAUUGAAUUUGAAAGCUCCAGUUUUAAGAUUAAGCUUAUUUUCCUGGACUUCUCCACGAGGGGAUGGAUAAUGCUAAACACAAGAGAAAGCAGACAGGAGAGCAAAAGGAAACGUAAUGUGGAGACGGAGAAGGAGAGUGAAGAAGAUCUAGGCUUGUGGAAGGAGCAAUUUCAUGAAUUCAUAGACAUCAAAGUCAAUGGCCCAACGUCUGUUGGCUUGGAUUUCUCCCUGCCUGGUUUCGAGUACAUUUAUGGAAUUCCAGAGCACACGGAGAACCUACGGCUGAAAACUACAAGUCAAGAAGAUCCCUACAGGUUGUAUAACCUAGAUGUAUUUGCGUGUAAACUCCACAGUCGAAUGAGUGUGUAUGGCUCUGUGCCUCUCCUCCUGGCACAGAAACAAAGCAAUACCAUGGGGAUUUUCUGGCUAAAUGCUUCUGAGACAUUGGUGGAUAUCAGCCUGAAUACAGAGAGUAAGAUUUCAUUGGGCAAGACAAAAAAAUUGAAGACUGAUGAUGAUGUGUUACCGAGGACAGAUGUACGGUGGAUGUCUGAGAGUGGAAUAAUUGAUGCGUUUAUUUUGAUGGGUCCCAGUGCUUUUGAUGUUUUCAAUCAGUACUCAAGACUGACAGGUCUUCAGACAUUUCCUCCUCUAUUUGCUUUGGGUCACCACCAGUGCCGCUACAGCUACAAGGAUGAAAAUGAUGUUGAACAAGUAGAUGCUGGCUUUGACAUGAAUGACAUUCCUAAUGAUGUCAUCUGGCUUGACAUUGACCACACUGAAGGGAAACGUUAUUUUACCUGGGACAGGACAAAGUUUUCUAGACCUCGAGAAAUGCAAGAGUACCUACGAGCUAAAGAUCGGAAGCUAGUUGUUAUCAUUGAUCCUCACAUCAAAGUAGACAAGAAGUACCCAUUGUACUGUGAAGCCAAAUCCAAGAAGUACUUUGUCAUGGAUAAAGAUGGUGAGGAGUACCAUGGCUCCUGUUGGCCAGGUGUGUCAGCCUACUUAGAUUUCACGAAUCCCAUAGUCCGUAACUGGUAUGCCAACUUGCAUGGAUUGGACCAGUACAAGGAUUCCACAGAUAUUCUUUUUGUCUGGAAUGACAUGAAUGAGCCGGCUGUAUUUAGUGGACCAGAACUCACCAUGCACAAGAAUGCAGUGCACGCUGGUGGGUGGGAGCAUCGAGAGAUGCACAACCUGUAUGGUUUUUAUCAGCAAUGGGCAACAGCCGAAGGUCUGACUCGUCGAUCUGGAGGAAUGGAGAGGCCAUUUGUCUUGACUCGUUCUUUCUUUGCUGGAUCACAGAGAUAUGGAGCUGUAUGGACAGGAGACAAUGUAGCUGAAUGGAGUUACCUUAAAAUCUCGAUCCCGAUGCUACUUAAUCUCAGUUUAACUGGAAUCUCCUUCUGUGGAGCUGACAUAGGUGGAUUUGCACAGAAUCCUGAGCCAGAACUCCUUGUUCGCUGGUACCAGGCUGCUGCAUACCAGCCUUUCUUCAGGAACCAUUCCAACGCAGAAACAAAGCGCCGAGAGCCUUGGUUGUUCGGAGAGGAUAACACUAGGAUUAUCCGGGAAACAAUUCAAGAACGAUAUGCCUUGUUGCCAUUCUGGUACACCCUCUUCUACAUGGCCCAUACCAAAGCAGAGCCAGUAAUCAGACCUUUAUGGGUGAAUUUUCCUGAGGAGGUCAACACAUUUGCAGUUGAUGAUGAAUACAUGAUAGGAGAAGCCUUGCUGGUGCAUCCAGUGACUGAUUCUGGAGUCACAGAGGUGAAUGUGUUACUUCCUGGGAAAGGGGAGCUAUGGUACUGUCUCAGAACCUUACAACGGUAUGAUGGUGAGCAGAUUCUGCAUGUUUCUGUAACCCUCGAAAGUGUACCUAUUUAUCAGCGUGGAGGCACCGUCAUACCCAGGAAGACACAAGUGUUGAGGUCCACAAAGGCUAUGGAGACAGUUUCCUAUGUUUUAUAUAUUGCGCUGAAUUCUGAGAACUCAGCCACAGGCAAAUUGUUUCUUGAUGAUGGGCACUCGUUCAACUAUAAGAACAAGAAUCAAUUCUUACUGAGGAAAUUCAGCUUCAAGGACAACACAUUUUCAUCAGUGUGUGCUGAUGAGAAGGGACGGUACUGCACUGAGUGUGUGGUAGAGAGGAUCCUUGUUAUGGGAGCUGCAAGACCUACGUGUGUGAUGGCACGGCAUCCAGAUGGACAAGAGAGCACAGUGAAUUUCUCCCAUAAUGCAGGGAAGUCCUCUUUAAACAUUGAAGGUCUGUGUCUUAAUUUAGGGUGCGACUGGACAGUGAAGUUUCAUUACUGAUGGGCAGACAUUGAGCUGUCUGUAUCAAAGUAGAAGUGUUCUUCAUUUGAAUUCAUGGUCAACUGCUAUUUUGAUGUCAGUUCUGUGGGGAGAUGAUGGAAUGUCACUGGACUAGUCAUCCAAAGACCCAGUCAAAUGUUCUGGGGUUAAAAUCCCAUCAGUUCAGUUGAAAUCAACUAAUAAAUCUGGAAUAUAAAGCAAGACCCAGAAGUGAUGACCAUGACACCUCUCAUUAAUUGUUGUAAAGACCCAUGGUUCAUUGAUGUCCUCAAGGGAAGGAUAAUUGCCAUUCUUACUGGUCUGGUCUAUAUGUGACUCCAGGCCACUGCAAUGUGGCAAUUCUUCGCUAAACUCUCAAUGAGUGGAGAGGCAAUUAUGAAACAGCAAUAAAUGCUGACCUUGUCAGUGACACCCAUAGCCCUUCAACAGAUUCAAUUUCUGCCAAAAAUCCAAUCUUGUGUUGGAUAUUUUAAAGCCCUGUGACUUUCUAAUUACUAUUACAUGAAUACCUCUUUUUUAUCCCCUAUGUUAAGCUAAUUGACGUAAUCUAACUGAAAUAUAAACAGUUAUACAUAUUUAAGCAUAAGGCAACCUAACUCUCCGAUUUUCAAUCUCUUAGAGGACGAUUAGUGAAACAUGGAGCAGGUACGUUCCAGAUUUGAUCCUCAGUGUGUGAUCUUGACCAGAUGGUAGAGCUAAUACAAACUACAGGGCAGUGACUCUUAUAGAGAUGUGCAUGUUUGUAGAACUCAUGUCAGCAUAAAGUUGGACUGAGCUGUGCUGCUUUUUACAGUUUGAGAAGCCUGUUGAUCUCUGUUUCUAGAUUGACAGGUUGACACAUUGAAUGACUAAUUGAAUUAGAGCUGCAUUAGAGAUUAACCUCUGCUUUUGGGAAUUGUAACCACAGAUGAGUUAUACCCUUUAAAGUAAGGAAAUAAAGUUGAUUCUGUGUUCACCAAUAGGAUCGUAAAGCAUGUUUACUAGAAAUUUGACUACUUUUGGUGGCAUAAGACCCACAACCGCAUUAGAGAUUAUUGUAAAAUGUGCCGUACUAAUCGGAAAAUAAGCUAAUUGACAGUGUAAAGUCAAAUGUUAAAAAAAAACUUUCUUGGAACACAAUAAGUCACAGCUUGCUUAAGCUGGUUUGAUGAAAGCUCACUGACCUGAACCAUUAACUCUGUUUUCCUGUCCAUGAAUAUUUCUUUUCUUGUUCAGUACUGUAUUUCCAACAUUUUCUGUUUGUAUAACUUGUGCUGGAUUGUGUAAUUUGAUGCCAGUUUCUGCAGGGAGCCAUCUUCUUCCAUUGUCAGACCAGCAGCAGACUUGGGACUCAUUUAACUCACAUUGCAAGGACAAACAUCCACCAACACAGGUCUCCACAUUGUCAUUUAAUCUGCAGAUCUUAGACCUGAUCGAUUGGUUGUAGAAUAGCUUAGACCUUGUCUGUCAGUUGCUGCUUGUGCUUUUUGGCAUGAAAGUAGCUUGCUUUGUAGCUUCACCAACUGCUCAUUUUUAGGUAUGCCUUGACCUGCUCCUGGCAUGUCCUCCUGCAUUCUCCAUUGAACCCGGGUGACCCCUCUAAUGUUAGAAUCAGGAAUAUGCCAGGUCAUUGACGGGUUGUGUUGCAGUGUGAUUCUGCUGCUCUGUGUCUUCAGUUGCUGUAUCUUUUCAAAGUCUGUUUUGUGACUCAACAGUGUAAGGUAUUGCUGUGAAGAUAGAACUUUACCUUUACAAGGACCUUGCGGAAGUCACUUUUACUGAGCAGGAAGUGCACCAGCUGCUAUAUGCCAAAUUAAGGGUGAUUAAAAACCACAAAUGUUGCUGCACCACUCAGAUGAUUUAUAUUGCUACAGAUGUUCAGGUUCUUUUGUGAAAUUUCUAUUAUAAAUUGUUGCAUUUGUCUCUCAGUCACCAACAAUUGUUAAGAAAAUAAACUGUUGUCUGAUGAAUAAGGUUUUAUUUGUCUGUUUCAGCUUUCUGCCCUGUUUCAAUUGUUAAUAGACAAAGAAGAAAUAUAAAUCUUUCCAUUUAUUCUGGAGAAGCUUCCUAUUCCAAAGGACCACUUUAUGCUCUUUUUUGUUGGAUCCUUCAGCAAAUGUCUUUGAAGGCACAGGAGAGCCACAUUAAGAGCAUUUCUUGACGGUUUUCUUCACCCCUGCAAAGUGUUAUCAUGUUACUACAAACAAUCCUCAAACCACUUGUAUCAUCCGGUUCAUACUUGAAAGAUUUUAUGCUUAGAAUUUGAAUUUGAGAGUAAUUUUGGGAUUUUCAUGAACCACAUGUGUUUUUUGGACAAUCCCUGCAAAUUAUUAAGUUUAUUGACUUUCAGUUUCACAAAUGACCUAAUUAUAGUACAGGUAUUUCUCCUAUAACAUGAUAGUUGCAUUCCUGUGUGACCUCAUGCUAUAGAAAAUCACCUGAAAGGAAAUCACUAUACCUGUACAGUAGAUAGUUCAUAUUAUCCAGUGUCCACUAUUGAUCAAUCACAUUAUAGCUAAUUUGCAUGAACAAAACAUGCAUUAUAGGAGAAAUACCUAUAAUGAAUGUAGUUCUGUAAUCAUGACACUAUUGCACCUCUGUAUUUCACUUUUCGCACUAUCAGCCCAUUCAAGAUUGUUCACAUCUGCUGCCAGUUAAUCUCGAACAAAUCUAAAAGGGUUGUCACUGCUCAAAAUAUGUUUUUUUUUUAACUCCAAGAUAGCAAGAACUGCAGAUUCUGGAGUCAGACAACACAGUAUGGAGCUCAUCCUCCAGCUCCAUACUGUGUUGCAUCUAUAUUUUUUAACUUUUGUCUUCGGAUUUUUAGCAUUCUGUGAUUCCAGAUCCAUUGUAUUGAGUAAUGUUUAGUG